AGCUCCGAAUGGCAUAGGCUUUUUAACUUUUAAGCACAAAAGACCCAUUUAAGCAGAAGUGGAUUGAAAUUAAAUUUCGGCCAAUGUGAUUUUAGAUUGGAAAAUUUGGACUCAAGACUACGAAGUUUGCACAAGUCCAAUAUCAAACAACUCUGAUUAAAAAGCUCAAACAAUCAAAAUUAAAAACUCGAAAUCCAUUUUAAUUAAUACGGAUGUUUAAACAACCGCUUACUUAACAGUUAAGCAAUGACGUCACUUUUCUUAAAUUUAAUAGUUGGUACAAUAAAUAACCCAAUAGAAUGCCAGACGACUUGCAAGAGGUGUUGCCUGUCAAAUGGGGACACCGUCAAGGAAGAUCAUCAAUGGCUGCAGCCGCGAUCACCCAUUCGUUGCCUGAAGAUAUUGUGGUGGAUAUUCUGGCAAGAUUGCCUGUCAAAUCUCUAAAGCGAUUCAGGUGUGUUGGUAAGUCUUGGUGUUGCUUGAUUCAAAGCCCUCAAUUUAUUACGGCCCACUAUUCUUUUAGUAAAAACAAGACCUGUCUCCUCAUGAAACAAGUGAAUUUUUCACCGAGAAAGGCUAUGGUCUCUUUUAUUUCCAAUCAAACUCUUGAUGUUGUUGCCAAUCUUGAUAUACCAUCCUUUACUGAUGAUCCGAUACAUAUAAAUAUCCUAGGUCAUUGCAAUGGCAUAAUUUGUCUUUGUGACCGUUUUAGUGGUAUUCUUUUGUGGAACAUUGCGACUAAGGAAUUUAAAAUUCUCCCUAUGUGUCCUUUUGAGUGUCCGCCAAGCUCUGAAAAUACCAUUGAUGUAGCUGGUCUGGGUUAUGAUUCCAAGAGAGAUGAGUAUAAAGUAAUUAGGAUUGACACAUUUUGGGAGGGUGAUUUCGACAGAGUCCCCCGAGGUAACCGAGUUGCUUUGUACAACUUAACUACUGAUUCUUGGAGAAAGUUCAAUGACAACUUAACUGCUGAAUUCUUCAAUUGUCAUGGGAUCGAUCAAGUCUACUCCAACGGAUUUUAUCACUGUUUGGCAGUUGUUGAUAGUGAAGAAUUGCUCCUCUCAUUUGACAUGAGUAAUGAAGUUUUCGUUACAACACCAUUCCCUGAUGGGAGAUUGGGUAAGAACUGUAGAACAACACGCUAUCUUACCUAUUUAAUGGAAAUCAACGGAUCACUUGGUAUGUUACUUUGUCAUGAUUAUUAUGUGAGGUAUGGCUGCUAUGAUGCAUGGGUGUUGGGUGAACCUGGUCUAAAGAACUCUUGGACAAAAUUAUUCACCAUUGAAUCUUUUCCUCCUGCCACUAUACCAUUAGGAGUCGGCAGCGAUGGUGAAAUCUUCCUUGUUAACGAAGAUAGCAAAUUUCUGGCGUGGCAUCAUCGAGAUAACAAAGAGAUAAAGACACUCCAAUUUGAAGGAAUUGCAUUAGAGCUAGCAAUGUAUGCAGAGAGCCUAGUUUCUUUCAGGGGAGGAACUGCAUUCAACCAUUAAUUUUCAUUUGCUGAUACUUACAAUUUAGUUAUGCUUUUACUCAAUGUUCAACCUUUUACUAUCAAGAUAAACUGUAUUGGUACCUUUGCAUUGAGAAACAUCUGUUAGAUUUUCUUCUCUCAUUUUCUUUUAUCUUACAUGGCAUUCAAUUUUCAGUCUUUGGUUUUCUAAUGAAUAUAUAGACGUAGGCCAUUGGAGUUUCUUGCUAUUGCCUAAAGAUGGUAACGCCAGUGGUUUUUAGAUCGAUUUCAUGGCUAUUACAAGGGUGAAUGCUACCUGGAGUCGAUAGAAAAGUGCCAAUUUGAUUGACGGAACCUCACUUGUGCAUCUUUGACAAUAUAAACAGUGCAACAGGUUUUGUUGUUUCCGAAUAAACUUGGGGGAUUAAGUACAAAUUUCUUGGUUGUGCUUAAUUUGUCAUAGUUAACGCAUCCAUUUUCUU